AUGGACAGCAGGAUGUUUUUUGGACAGGUCGGUCUGAAUUCCAGCUUUAACCUGAGCGAUGACCGGGAGCUGCUGGACAUGUCGGCUGGCCGGGCGAAGCUGUCUCCGACGGGCUUCGUGGUGCUCUCCGUGAUGCUGGGCUUCAUCAUGACUUUUGGUUUCCUGAACAACUUGGUCGUGCUGCUGCUGUUCUGCAAAUUCAAGAAGCUGCGGACGCCGGUGAACAUGCUGCUGCUGAACAUCAGUGUCAGCGACAUGCUGGUGUGUUUGUUCGGCACCACGCUCAGUUUCGCCUCCAGUGUUCGUGGGAAGUGGCUGCUGGGACGCAGCGGCUGCAGCUGGUACGGAUUCAUCAACUCCUGCUUUGGUAUUGUGUCGCUGAUCUCUCUGGUGAUCCUCUCCUACGACCGCUACAGCACUCUGACUGUAUACAACAAGCGUGGGCCAGAUUAUCGCAAGCCCCUGCUGGCUGUUGGGGGCUCUUGGCUGUACUCCUUGUUGUGGACAGUGCCCCCUCUGCUGGGAUGGAGCAGCUAUGGCAUAGAGGGGGCAGGAACCAGCUGCUCUGUGUCCUGGACGGUUCAGACGGCCCAGUCGCACGCUUACAUCAUCUGCCUCUUUACUUUCUGCCUGGGUCUACCCAUCCUGGUGAUGAUCUACUGCUAUAGCAGGCUGUUAUGGGCAGUCAAACAGGUGGGUAAGAUCCGAAAAACUGCAGCCCGGAGGAGAGAGUACCACAUACUGUUCAUGGUUCUGACCACAGCGGCCUGCUACAUGUUGUGCUGGAUGCCGUACGGCAUCGUGGCCAUGAUGGCGACAUUCGGCCCGCCCAACAUAAUUAGCCCCGUGGCCAGCGUGGUGCCCUCGCUACUGGCCAAGAGCAGCACUGUCAUCAACCCUCUCAUCUACAUACUCAUGAACAAACAGUUCUACAGGUGUUUCCUGAUUCUGUUUCACUGCAAUCACUGGUCAGCGGAGAACGGCAACACCUCGAUGCCCUCCAAGACCACGGUAAUCCAGCUGAACCGCAGAGUCUACAGCAACACGGUGGCCUGCACAGCCCAGAUCUCCACUGACGCUCUCAACCAGUGUGGCAGCACCUCGGUCACCAAGCACACAAACCCCCCCGAGGUCACAACCUGAGCCUGAAUAUUCUCAACAUGACCAGACAGAAAAAUCCGUCAUGAUGAAGCAGCAAUGACUCAGCUUGAUAGCCACACUUUCGACGUGAAAUGCCGCGGUGCACCUAUUUUGAAUGUUAUCAGCCAAUUAAUUGGGUGUUAUCAGUGGUUAUCACUACCAUUCUAAUGCUUCAGAUGGGACAACCUGCACCACCCACAUGUGAAAGUGAAAGUUCACAUUGUGAAUUUAAACAAAACUUUGGGUUAAGGAAAAUAUUGUAGUUUGGGUUAAAAUAAAUAUAAUAAUAUAAAUGAAUUUUUGCUUAACAAAAUUACGGUAAAAUAAGUCAAAGGUGAUUUUCACACAGGACACGACGGCCUUUGUCAGUCAUUAUAGUACGUCCACCACCUUUGCUCCCGUCCAUAGACUGUAUAGUUGACUCAGUCACCGUGACAUCACCCAUUGGUUUGUGGAUUGCCAUUUUGAAGCCUUGAGUUUGGCAUUUCUGUCAUCGCCAUCUUGGUUUUUUGCAACCAGAAGUAACACGAGUGUGGAGCUUAGUACAACCUAAGCCGAAUAAGACAUUUUUAGGUGACCAAAAAGGUUAUAAUUAACUUUGAUGAACCGAAAACACACUGCGAAAAGGUUACAUUUUUAAGACGAAAAUGCGGACAAUUCCCAGACCAAAUAACGCAGUGGUAGCGACCAAUAUGUGGUGUCAAUCACAAGGUACCCACGCCCUAAAGCAUGUCUAUUUGACUCUAAAUGGGACCAUAAUUUACUAAAUAAUCAUCAGGCUGUAUUGAAGAAGAAUUGA